AUGGAAAGCCCCCACGAGCAUCAGCAGACGGUGCUGCUCUCUCGCAUCAUCACCAACGUUCUCAAUGAAGCCAUUAUGGUCAUGAACAAAUGUCUCCAGGAGGUCAACAUCCAGAACAUGAAUGUUGAGCUUGUGGCACAGAUGUUCAAGAACUACCAGUCUAAUGUUCUAUUCCACCUUGAAGCCACGGAGAACCUCCAAGACCCAUCCUAA